GAAAAGAAGUGAACAUAAACCGGAUAUUCUCCCAAGAGGAAAGGGUCCCUUACACAAGGAGAGAGACAAUUAGCACCAGAAACAAACCGCAAAACAGCAAGAAUGGCAAAACUACAGAGAUCUAAACAUCAAAUUUAGCAUCAACUUUUUUCAUCCUCAUUCAUAAAACCUAAUUUUUUCAAUUUGAUUUUCCAAAAAUUACCCAAUAAAAUGUCAAAUACAACAAAACCCAGUUCAAUUCCUCAUGCUGAUCCCCCUACAGACCGCCCUGUUCGUGUCUAUGCUGAUGGAAUUUACGAUCUUUUCCACUUUGGCCAUGCUCGAUCCCUAGAACAAGCAAAAAAAGCAUUUCCAAACACAUACUUGCUAGUGGGAUGCUGCAGUGAUGAAAUUACCCAUCAAUUCAAGGGGAAAACUGUUAUGAAUGAAACUGAGCGCUAUGAAUCCCUUCGACAUUGCAAAUGGGUUGAUGAAGUUAUUCCUGAUGCACCUUGGGUAGUAAAUCAAGAAUUUCUAGACGAGCAUAAGAUUGAUUUUGUGGCCCAUGAUGCUCUUCCUUAUGCUGACACUAGUGGGUCUUGCAAUGAUGUCUAUGAAUUUGUCAAAGCUGCAGGGAAGUUCAAGGAAACUCAACGUACAGAUGGAAUUUCUACUUCUGACAUUAUUAUGAGGAUCGUUAAGGACUAUAAUCAGUAUGUGAUGCGUAACUUGGAUCGCGGAUAUACAAGAAAGGAGCUAAAUCUUAGCUAUGUAAAGGAGAAGCGGUUAAGAGUCAAUAUGAGGCUAAGGAAGCUGCAUGAGAAAGUUAAGGAGCAGCAAGAAAAGAUCCAGACAGUGGCUAAAUCUGCUGGGUUGAAUCGUAAUGAAUGGGUAGAAAAUGCUGAUCGCUGGGUAGCUGGAUUUCUGGAGAUGUUUGAAGAAGGAUGCCAUAAAAUGGGAACAGCUAUAAGAGACCGAAUCCAAGAGCGUUUGAUGGGUCAGCAGGCUAUAGGACUUCUGCCUAAUGGAAAGGCAGAUGAUGAUGAAAGUGAAGAAUAUUUUGAUGAUGAUGCAUAUUAUGAUGAUGAUGAUGAGUUCUAUUAUGAUGAAGAUGAGUACUAUGACAAUGAAGAUGAUGAAGAAAAAGAUAAGCAAGAAGAUAGGCCCAACAAACAGGAAACUAAUGAUGAGAAAAAGAAUGAACCUGGUAAGAAAGAUCAGAAGAAUUAGACUGUUGGGAGUUUUUAAUGUUGUUUUUAUAGGUUGAUCAUACUGUCGGAACCGCUGCCCAGUGUUUUGAUGGUUUAUGUAAAGUACGACCGGCGCAAGUAGCGUGUUUUCCGUUGUAUUUGUAGCUAUUACUCCCUGGAGGUUAAACCGGUUUAUAGGACCUAAGCUGAAGUUGGUUAGUUGAAACUUGAAAGUAUUACUUAUACAACACUUACCUCUUUUUGCAAGAUUGAAGGAUCUUGUUAUGAAGAUGGGCAACAAAGCCAUGAUUGGAUGGAUAGUUGCAUCGUCUAUAUUUUUAUCUUGUAUGGAUGAAGUGUUUACGUAAACCCCAGCUUUUAUGGGGAAUUAUUAUACAUCCAAAUUGCUUUA